AUUUGCAUCUCAGGCCGGGGGGCCUCAGAUCCUGCGUCCUCUCAUACCUAUGGCAGGCGCCGAUGCCUCGCCUGUUGUAAUGGCGCGCAUGCUCGGCGACGAAGUCGAACCUACUGUCAAAGUCAAGCUGUAUAAUCUGUGCGCAGAGUACAGUGUUCCCGUAAUACUCGAUCUUACUGGGAUGGACAAAGAAGUUGAAACAGAAGCACUUGUGAACGAGAUGGCACAGUCAGUGGCCAACCUCGCGAUGGCACAGAGCCCCAGCAAGCUUGCGCGUAGUCCUACAAGCGAUCUCUCGGGCACUUCCUCGAAGAAGACCAACAUCAGUCUCCUUGUGCAUGACUCUGCGCUAGGCUUGACUCCGCAGAAGCUACCUUCCAAAGCGAUGCUGGUUCUGUCCGAUAUUCAUCUUUCUACUGUAGUUCCGCCUGCCGACAGGAUGAGCGCCAAGGUGGAGUUGCGCAAAGCUGCCGUGUUUGUGACGGAUCGAUACUCUGCGGACAUGAACGACCAACCCAUCCCGACUCACGUAUCGUCAAACGUGCUCAACACCACGCAACGUCUUGCGAAUUCUUUAGUCAGGCAGGGCUUCGUAUCCGUGGGCUCAGUCAUGGCAGCAGAAAUUGUCAUUCGAGCACAGGACUCUGACCAACUGAAUGGAGCCAAGGCAGUCGAAGUAGAUGUCAAGAACGAGCUUUUCUUGCUCGAGACUUGCGCCGACUCUACACAAACUCUGAUUGCUAUUCUAGGUGAUCUCGCACCUCCAACACCACCCAACAAGGAACCGAAGUAUUUGACUCAACCAAUGCAGAUCGAAGACAUGAUGGCUUCGUUUACCGGUGACCCUUUCGUCCAGCCCGAGGAGCAGCCUGAAACACUCUUUGACGUGGAUGACGCCCACGGCGAUGAACUGGAAAGCCGGUUGGGAAUCUCAAUGCGGGACGAUGACGAGACCAAUCAGCUGCUUGCAGAGUCAGAGAUGAAUGCCAGUCUAUAUGGACCAGUCAGCGGAGUUUUUGGCAUGGACGAUGAUCCGGACCGGGAAAGCUCAGCGGGCGACCACACAGAGACCGCGGAAAGUCUCCUCGAGGAAGAUCCUUUCGAGAUGCCCACUUCACCUGAUGAGAUGCAACUUGGCGAUGCAGCUCUUGUACGCGAGCUCAAGAAGCAGCGUAGACCAGCCUCAGAUGCCGAGCCUGUUGAUCUCGGUCUGUACGAAAUCGAAGAUCUUGGCUUUGAUGCACUCGGCAGUGGACAACAAGCUCUGGGAAGUCAGUAUCGGUUCAACGCGCCUUACAUUGGCGGACGCCAACGACGUGGAAAUGCUUCACAAGACGUACCCUUCCGUUUGCGUCUGCGAGACUUUCACGUUAUAUGGCACAUUUAUGAUGGCUAUGACUGGCAGCGCACCCGAGACGGAAUUGUCGAAGCAGUCGAGCAGGUGGAGAUGCGAGCUGAAGAGCGUCGUGCCAAACAUCGCCAAUCUCUACAAGAUCGCGAAGAUGACGAAGCGGUCAUCGGAGACUUCCUCUUCAACUCAAUCUACAUCGGCGUUCCAGCAGAUCACGAUGCGCAAGAGCUUCGACGGCAGAUUAACCGAAACAUCGAUGAAGAUGUCAGCGAAACAGCCAGCAUCCCCGUUUCCGGUAUGUCUCGGCCCACCACUCAGUACUCUGCAUCCGGCCAACCACGCCAGCGACAGCGAAGGCGCCUCAAGCUUGGUCGCAGCAAGAGCCACAAGAUUGCAUUUGAGCUCAAAGGCGUCUCGGCUGAUGUGUCGGUUAUGCCGCCAGGCAGCGGAGAAGUCGUCAGUUCUGUUGAUCUGCGCCUCAAGGAGUUUGAAAUCUUUGACAAAGUGCCCACCUCGACCUGGCGGAAGUUCUUGACACAUCUCGACAACGACCCUUCCAAGCGCGAGAUGUGCAAGCCAAUGUUCCACAUUCAGCUGGAGAACGUCAAGACACUCGAAAGCCAUGCAGCUUCAGAGAUCGUGCUGCACGUUUCAGUGCUUCCGCUACGACUUCAUGUUGAUCAAGACGCUCUUGACUUCAUCACCCGCUUCUUCGAAUUCAAGGAUCCAGAAAUGGUACCCUCUGGUGAUCCAGGAGAGCAGCCCUUCCUGCAGAGAGUUGAGGUUGAUACCGUCGAUAUGUGUCUCGACUACAAGCCGAAGAAUAUUGACUAUGCGGGUAUUCGUUCGGGAAAAACAACCGAGUUCAUGAACUUUGUCACCUUAGAAGGCUGCAAUAUCCGGCUCAGGCACGCCAUUGUGUACGGCUUGAGAGGUUUCGAUGCCCUGCAUCCUACGCUGAACGAUAUAUGGAUGCCCGAUAUCAAACGCAACCAGCUUCCGCGUGUCUUGGCUGGUCUCGCACCUGUCCGUAGCCUGGUCAACAUUGGAAGCGGCAUGAGAGAUGUCGUUGCAAUUCCAGUGCGAGAAUACAAGAAAGACGGGCGCAUUGUACGAAGCAUACAGAAGGGGGCUUUCCACUUCGGCAAGACCACCGCAUCCGAACUGGCCAGACUUGGGGCCAAGGUCGCCCUUGGAACUCAGACGAUGCUAGCAAAUGCGGAAGAGUUUCUCGCGCCUGAAGCUUCUGCCUCACGGCGGCCUGGAUCAGCUCGCCAUGUCUCGUCCGACCAGGGCUGGCAUGACGUGGCCUCGGAUGAUGAUGAGCCAGAGCAGCGUGUAGUCUCUGCUUAUGCCAACCAACCACUCGGAGUGCUAUCAGGCCUUAAGAGCGCCAGACGAUACUUGGAGCAUGAUCUUCUGACUGCCAAAGACGCUCUGAUCGCAGUGCAAGGCGAGGUCUUGGAGAGCCGCGGGCCCGGUGGUGCGGCUGCAGCUGUCAUCAAGCAUGCUCCGACUGUAAUCCUACGACCUGUAAUCGGUGCCACCAGGGCGGUUGGAACGACUUUGCUCGGAGUCGGCAACCAGAUCGAUCGUGGAAAUUUGAGGAAGGUUGAUGAUAAAUACAAGAGGCGCUGAAGGUGUGGAUGUGGAUGGAUUUGCCACUUCAAUUGCACAGCGCAACGGCGUGGCGUUUGAUUGGCAGCGCAGCUGCCAAUCUAGACACCGCGGCCACCGCCCGCGAAAAUCCAAGUUGUCCGCCAAGACCGAAAUGAUUGGCUGAGAAAUUUCGCAGAAGUAAUAUGCAAUCAAAGAUUGAAGGGAAAUUUGACUUACCCCGGAUUUCAGCGUAGAACGUCAAUCGAAACAAAGAUUGAAGGGGAAUUUAACUUACCCCGGAUUUCUUAGCUUAUUAGCUAGGGUAUUAGCUUAAUAGUAGUAAUAUUUAAUUAAAG